CAAGUGGAUAAAGAAUCAUAUAUAAAGACUGCGCUCGAGCCGAGUUAGUUAUCAGUCAACGUUCGUUCACGGCAAGACAGUUAUCAAGCAUCAAAAAUGUUCAAGUUUGUGAUGAUCUUCGCAGUUUUGGGCCUGGCAGCCGCCGUGGCUCCAGUUUCCCGUUCCGACGAUGUCCACGCCGAGGUGCAGACCCUCAGCUCGGACGUGCGCGCCGAUGGCUUCGACACCAAUCUCGUGGUUGACAACAGCAUCCAGCAGGCCGCCAGCGGUGAUGUCCAUGGCAAUGCCCAUGGCAGCUUCAGCUGGAUCUCGCCCGAGGGCGAGCAUGUGGAGAUCAAGUAUGUCGCCGAUGAGAAUGGCUACCAGCCCGUGGGUGCCGUCCUGCCCACUCCACCACCAAUCCCAGAGGCCAUUGCUCGUGCUCUUGUCUGGCUGGAGUCGCACCCCCAAGCUCCCGAGCACGGAGUCCAUCACUAAGCUCGAUAUGGAUCGCACAACGGACUGUCCUAUGGAAGCGUAUCUGCCCAGCUGC